AUGGCUGUUCCAUUUCUUCCGUUUGUGCUUAAAAAUCUCAACUCCUUGAUCCAAAAUGAGGUGGGAUUGCUCUGUGGAGUAAACCCGGAGAUGACAAAGCUUUCAAGCACUCUCUUCACCAUCCAGGCUGUCCUUGAAGAUGCAGAGCAAAAGCAACUGCAAGACAAAGCUAUACAGAAUUGGUUGAAAGAGCUCAAUGAUGCAGCCUACGAGGCAGAUGACAUCUUGGAUGAGUGCGCAACCGAAGCCCUCCGAUGUGAAUUAAAAGGCCAAGGUUAUGGUUCUCUCAAGAAGGUAAGCACUUCUUUGUUAACUUGUUAUCCUGUUCAGAAUGUUCUGUUUCGUCACAAAAUAGGGAACAGAAUAAAAGAGAUUACACAGAAGUUAGAUGCAAUUGCUGCUAAUCGCAGUAAAUUUCAAUUGACCGAGGGAGUUGUGGUGGUGACACGAGUUGAAUAUGAUGUAAGCCGUGAAACCAGCUCCUUUAUAACUCAGCCACAACUCUAUGGAAGAGAUGAAGAUAGAGACAAGAUUGUCAAAUUUCUGGUCGAGGAUGUAUGCGAUAGUGAGGAUGUUUCUGUGUAUCCUAUACUUGGUAUAGGAGGGCUUGGAAAGACUACCCUCGCCCAAAUGGCCUUCAAUGAUGAGAGGGUCAAACCCCACUUCGAUCCUAAAAUUUGGGUUUAUGUUUCUCAAGAUUUUGAUGUGAAAAGGGUGAUCAAAGCAACAAUAGAAUCUGCAAAUGAAAAAGCUUGUGAGGCAGUUGACCUAGACUCACUGCAGAGAAAGCUUCGCGACAUGCUGCAUGGGAAAAGAUACCUGAUUGUAUUAGAUGAUGUGUGGUAUGAAGAUCCAGACAAGUGGGAUGCGUUCAAGUAUUCACUAGCAUGUGGAUCAAAAGGUGCUUCCGUUAUUGUCACUACUCGUGUUGAUAAGGUUGCAUCAAUCAUGGGAACUAUUUCACCUCAUCGCUUGUCAGUUUUAUCCAAAGAAGAUUGUUGGUUGUUGUUCAGGCAACGAGCAUUUGGACUUGGAAAUGAAGAACGCCCAAACAUUGUCACCAUUGGGAAGGAGAUAGUGAAGAAGUGCGGGGGUGUGCCUUUAGCUGCGAAG